AUGAACAACAACACUACCACAAAGACGCAUUACAACUCAAUAAUGGGAACAAUGAAGGAGUAUUAUGAUACAUUCAAAGCUUUACAUCUGUCAAAUCUUGAUACUGAUGAAGAAGUUAACAGACUUUAUGAAAUUAUUGAAAAUAACUUGAUCAAAACAAAUAUUUUCCAACCAUACCAGGUAAUUAAUUUAUACUCAGUUCUAUUUGUGUGUAAAAACAAAAAUAAUGGAUUAUAUUUCAGAAUUUUCAAAAAAGUUUACGAUAAAUAUCCCGAAGUUCAAAAUGAGCUUCUUUCAUCACCAUUUUGCUAUUAUUUACAAAAGGAUUACGGAAUUCAUGCAAAAUCAAAUGAUAAUUAUGUUGAUAGGGUUUUGAAUGCUCUAAAUCCUCCUUUAGGUGUUUUCAAAGACAACACAAUCAUGAAGGCAAUUAUGAAUGAUGAUAUUGAAUCAUUUAAAGAAUUUGCCAACAAAGAAAAUUUUGAUCCAAAUGAAACAGUAACAAACCAUUUUAUGGUAGAAGAAUGCAAAUUCUCCUAUCUCGAACUUUGCUGUUAUUAUGGAUCUGUUGAAUGUUUCAUGCAUUUGAGGUCUGAAUUCAAUUCCAAAGUCACUGAAAAAUGUCUUAGGCUUUCAUUUCUCAGCGGAAAAGAUCAAAUUAUCAAUGAAUGUUUGUCUUAUCAAGAACCAAAUCAAAAAUGCAUGGAAUACGCGAUAUUUUCAUACAAUAAAGAUUUGAUAAUGCUUUUAGCCAACAAUUACAAAAUUCAAAUUGAUAUAGAUAUUUGUGCAAGAAGUUAUAAUGUUGAAGCUCUUGCAUUAUUAAUGGAACAAACAAGCGAUUACGACAAAAUUUUGCCAUUUGCAAUAAAAUUCCGUUCACUCGAGCUCAUGAAGUAUUUAUCUCCAUUGGUUCGAAACAUCAAUGCACAAGAUAUUGGUGGAUGGACUGCUCUUGGUUUAGCGACUUUUUACAAUUGUUAUGAUAUCUUGGAAUAUCUAAUUUCAAUAGGCGCAAAUGUCAAUAUUAGUUAG